ACCGCCGAGGAGGGAGAACGUGCUCGGCUUUUCUCUCCCAUGUCUUUAACACUGUUCUCGCCAAAAAUCACUUCCUCUUUAACAUAAAUACCCAUAAUGAGAAGGCAUUAGAUUACAUUUAUAGUUAGAAAUAAUGGAAAAAAUCAUGGCAAGAACCCUCCGUGAGAAAACGGUAGUGAUACUGUUGUGUUUUGUUGGUCUGGUUUUUGCCAACAAAUAUCCCGUCACAGAGAAAGGUUGUGUGCCAGUUGAUGAACUCUGCCUGGUACCAGAAGAAGUGCCAAACUAUGAGGCCAUUAAAUCACUCCAUUCCCAGCUGGAUGACGACAGGAGUGGAGACAUUGAUGUGUCAGAAUCUGUUGAGUUCCUGAAGGAGGAGCUGCAGUAUGCCAAAGGUUACGAAAAGCGCCAGAAGGUGUUCCACUCUAACAAUGACCAGUAUAUAUCGGUGCGAGAGCUGUGGCACAUGUGGAAGAAGUCGGAGGUGCACAACUGGACCGUGGAACAGACCGUUUCAUGGCUGGCAGAGUCGGUGGAGCUCCAGCAGUAUGCACAAAACUUCUAUGCUAAUGCUGUAAAUGGAUCUGUGUUGCCAAGUACCAUUCUCAGCGUGAUAGCUUCCAGAACCGAAAGAAGAAGUGAAAGGCAUAUGCUAGAAAGAUUGGCAGCCAACAAUGAACAGUUCUUGACCAAAGUCCUGGGGAUCAAGGACCCAAAACACAGGUCCAAGAUCACUAUUAAGGCUAUGGAUGUGGUGCUCUUUGGACCCCCAAAAGAAACAGGCAGCCAUGUGAAAGAUCUGGUGUUGGUGUCCCUCUUGACGCUGGCUCUCAUUGGCUGCUUUAAGGCGUACCAGAGGAACCGCCAGUAUGAAGGACAACUUAGUGACAUGCUGAGGGAUAUGGAGAAGCUGAGAGAAGCUGAAGAGAACCUGCGUCAUUUAGAGCAAAGAGUUCAGACAAACACCAAGGCAGAAGAACGUCAAAUCAGCGAAGAAAAUAGGGAGCAUAAUGAGGAGGUUCAGCUUCUCAAACAACAGCUUGAGGAAGAACGAGAAAAGAAUGAGCAAAUGAAGGAACAGAUGAAGUGGAGUGCUCCCCGCGAUCUCCAGCACUGGCUCCAGUUGACCUAUGAGCGAGAGCGGCUAGCCUUCGAAAAGAAGCAGAGAGGGGCUCGUGAGCAGUUCAGUCAGGCGAGAGACUUGUGUGAGAAACUCAACCGUCAGCGUCGCAGUCUUAUCGGAAUGAUUGCCUCUGUUAAUGGAAAAAUGGAGAAUAUUGAUCAGUCGAUUAGUCAGGCUAGAACGAUCAUGGAGGAGGUGACACAGGAAUUGCGUGAAAGAGAACAGCGCUGGCAGAACAUUGAGAUCCUUGCAGGAUGUAGCAUCAUAACUAACGCUGGUCUUCAUGCACUUGAGCUAAUGCUCCGUCCCCAAGUGAAUGGUCGGCCACACUCCACCUAUGCACCCAGUAUAGGGCGUUCGUCACGUCUGAGCGCAAGCCUUGAUGACUUUGACGAUGAUAACCUGUCCCUCUACACACAGGCUUCUGUUCACCAGCUAUUAAGCAGCCAGUCAGCAUUAAUGUUUCUCACCAUGGGGGGCUGUACAGGGGCAUCGAGCUGUUAUGGUGGAGUGGCAAUUAACUCAUCAGGAUUAGGGGGAACUCCCAGAGAUUCCAUGGUAGAUGUCCGAGGCAGUGUUGGGAGUGUGCGCAAGAGGAGCCAGCUGCUCACAAGAGACUCAGGGUCAUCACUGGGGUCUGAGGCUUCAAUUACUCAGACUACUGUUAUGCACCACAGUCAGACCUAUACAGCAGGAAUGGGCUUACGUACAGAGGAAGAGGAAUGCAUCCGUCGUGCCUCCAGUACUGGCAGUAUUACCGUGACAGACUGUCCUCAGUCCAAGGAUUCCGAAUCAUCAACAGAAGAGACGGAUGGCUCUGCAUGUGUGUCAGAGACUACUAGUUUCAGCAUGGGGGGCAGCCGCCUGACGCUGAACUCUGAGUGUAGCAGAACCAUAAGUCCUGUACAGGUGAGUUCAACCACCCCUGCACACACACCUGCUAAUGCACUGCCUCAAACCACCUCAGGGGGGGUACUUGCUAAACCUUCUCCUAAGCGCAGUCCAAUGCUCAAGUCAUUCAGUCAGGACACUGAUGCUUCCAACACACCUGACAUGAGAUGGAAGGAGCGUGAAAAUAUCUCUGCGAGUGAGCCAGCCUUGGAUAGUCCCAGGACGUCCUUGAUGCUCAACAAGAAGAAAGGAGCAUCGCCAUCCGAGGAAGGAAACUCCUCCGACUCCUCCAUGAUGGAAGAGAGACCCCCAAGCGCGGACUCAAGAAAAAAGUCCAAAAGUUGGUUCCGUAAUGGCAUAUCUAGUAGUCUAAAGUUUAGUAGAAGCAAGAAACUUAAAGAAACAGAAAAAGAAUCAAGUAAAAAUAACACAAAGCAUCUGUCUGCUGAUUUCUGUCUUCAUGCAUCUCAGUAUGCUAUUUAAUUAGCCUCUCUUUUUAUUUAAGUCUGUGGACAUCUGUGUCAUAUAUCCUAAUGCUAAAAAUUAGGCUAUCAAGUGUAUAUGUAUAAAUAUGUCAACUUCCCUUUCUUAUUAUAGUAAAAAGAAAAAAAAAAAGAAAUGGUUCUAUUCCAGUUUUAUUGUUUUUUUCCUUAUUAUAGGGUGUUUUCCAGUGAUGCACUUUGCAAAACUAUGCUAAGGGUAAAAUUGAUAAUACCUUGUAAAUUAUUUAUUUAACGAGAUUUAGAAAUCCAUGUCUCCGUGGACUCUAAAUUCAAUUUAAUGCUCUUAUAGCACACUCUGAAAGUGAUAUAUUGCUUGUCUUAUACUGUUAUGUAAGCCAGAUUUUUUUUUUUAUUAUUAAUUUAGUCAUGAGAAUCCAUUUUGGUUUUGUACUGUGUGAAUGUAAUGGAAAUUCCUAUUGUUAUUCCAUUAGUCACUGUUAUGCUUCCUUUUUUUUUUCUUUUUUUUUUCUUUUUUCUUUUUUAAAGUCUUCAUAUGUGAUAUUGAUGAUACUGAAGUGAAGAAUGUUAAGAUCUAAAGAAGCUUAUAGAUUGCCUCGUGAAAAGUCUGUUUUUUAUAUGAACUGCUUGUUUUACAGAUUGAGAGUAUGAUUGCUUUUGAAUAAAUUGGGGCAGAUGUGAUUGUAUUUAAAGCGUGUGGUCAUGGCUCUUGAAUAUCAUAGCAGAGGAUGAAGAAGUUACAAAGACACUGACUGUCACAAUCACAUUCACAAUCACACACUCACACACAACUCAUACUCGUGCUUACACACAGACACACACACACACACACACUCACUCACUCACUCACUCACUCACUCACUCACUCACUCACUCACUCUCUCUCUCUCUGUCUCUCUGUCUCUCUGUCUCUCUCUCUCUCUCUCUCUCUCUCUCUCUCUCUCUCUCUCUCUCUCUCUCUCUCUCUCUCUCUCUCUCUCUCUCUCUCUCUCUCUUCCGCACUCGUUUUCACUCUCACUCUCACACUCACUCACACAAUCCGUUUACCCUUCUCAUACUCACUCUCUCACUCACACUAACAUACACAUGCAUAUUAGCAAAAUUAAGGAUCAAUAUCAUUACUAAAGUUCUUGCUGAUUAUCCUGGACCAAUGAUGGUUUGCUUUACCAGUCUGGCAAGUUCCAUGUAAUUUACACUAAUAGAUAUGGUGUGCGGUACUCUAUUUAAUAGUGUCCUCAUUUCACAUUGCAUUGAUUAUUGGUUUUCUUGUUUACUUGUAUUUUUUUUUUUUUUUUUUUUUCUUUUAGUUAUUGUAUAUACUUUAUUACUUAUUUAGUCCUAGAGCUUUCUAAAGAUCUGGCACAAGAAAUUUAGAUCUUGAGUGGGCAGAAGGUGAAUCUUUCGAAGUUGGGAUAUUGAGAAAGAAAUGUUAUUCUCUUUGUAAUUUAACCCAGUUGCCUCAUUUGGUGAGAAUAUAUACCAUGUCUAACUGUAAUAUAAGUUUAUUUAUUGUAUUUACACAUAGAUGGCUUUACAAGUUCUUCAUCAUCACCAAAUAGCCAGUUAUUAGAACUACUUAUCUCACCUGUUUACCCUUUUCCUUCACUUUUGGAAAGGGUCUUUUGUAUAAUUUCAUUUAAAAACCAUAACAUCAAUAACAAUAAUAACAAUAUCGAUAGCAAUGGAUUUAAUAAGAAAAACACAUUUUCCCGUCAAUGCAAGGAAUGGUGAAAUCAGGAUCGGUAACUAGGGCCGACUGAUAGACUCCUUGCUGACUGAGCACAAGUGGAGUCAUCUGUAUGUAACAAAAUUCACCAAAAACUACAGGGGACAGAACAUAAAUCUGUGGCAGUUGGGUUAAAGCUUUAGCCUUGGGAAUAACAGGCAACAUAUAUAUGUGUGCAUAUAUCUAUAUAUCAAUAUAUGUGUGUGUGUGUGUGUGUGUGUGUGCGUGUG